GCCACGAGAACCAUGAGGUAGCUCCCCACCACCUCGAAUGGCUCUCGAUCCGUCCAACGGCUAUGUAGCCGCAAGAAAUCUGCAGGAUCUCACUGAAAAUCCCCUGCCUAUCUUCAAUGUUGAGACUGUUCAACUGCAGUUCCCCAUAGCGUCUGAUUUCGUGGCUGCCCAGGUCGCAAACAAUAUUCUAGUACUAGCUCUUGCGAAUGGUCGACUACUUCGCAUAGACCUUGAUAACCCCGCUGAUAUUGAUGGUAUGGCUCUUGAUUUCGUGUACCAUCGUUCUGUGCUGAGAACUUCUUAGAUAUCGAUCUGCCCAAGAGAGUUUCUGAAGUUGGCGUUAUACGGCGCAUGUUCCUCGAUCCCACCGCUUCACAUCUGAUUAUCUGUACGGCCCUUGGAGAGAAUUAUUACCUCCAUACACAAUCCAAAAAACCCACACCACUCUCUCGACUCCGAGGUGUUUCGAUUGAAUCAGUAGGAUGGAAUCCUUCCCUUCCUACGGCUUCUACGAGAGAGAUCUUGAUUGGUGCAUCUGAUGGAAAUAUCUACGAGGGAUAUAUCGAGACGUCUACGGAAUUCUACAGAAAGGAAGACAAAUACCUCAAAACUCUACAGAAGCUCCCAGAUGGUCCAAUAACUGGGUUAUGGGUUGACCUUGUGGCGGGAAAACCAGAUGUUAGGAGGGUCUUGAUUACCACACAAGGUCGGAUUCUACACUUGAUUGGGAAGAUUGGGAAAGUAACACAUGAAGGAGGAGCUUCUAUAUUCACGAAACUAUUUGAAACGGAGCAGCCUACGGUGCAUGAGAUGUCCAAAGUAUCGAACGCAGCGCCUUCUGCGCUUGUUUUUUCUCCGGAUCCUCCAGAUUUGAAUACUUUUGAGAGUUUGACUCCGGACCGGGUAUUUGCGUGGUUGUCGUCACAGGGUGUUUACUAUGGCCGGCUGCUUACAUCACCUGCAGCACCUGCAUUAGGCACCAAGUUGUUUGCAGAAGCAAAACUUCUGCCUAGGUGUCAACUGCCUGUAGCAGAAACAUCUGGUGGGAGAAAGAAGGCUGCUCAAGAUCCUGUGGAAUCUAUUGCUCUAACACAAUGGCAUAUUCUGACCUUGGUUGGAAACCGCGUCAUUGCUGUCAAUAGGCUGGAUGAUCGCGUCAUAUUCGAUCGAGUUGUGUUAGACCCUGGACAGAAAGCCCUGGGGCUAUUUGCUGAUCAGCAAAAGAACACCUUCUGGUUGUUUACAGCACAAGAGGUUUUUGAAAUUGUCGUUACAGAUGAAGACCGCGAUGUUUGGAAGGUCAUGUUGGCAACGGAACACUUUGAUGCAGCUUUGAGAUAUGCUCGAAAUCCAGCACAGAAAGAUGCGGUUGCAACGGCAUCUGGUGACUACCUCAUCACCAAAGGAGCAUAUCUUGAGGCGGCAGGUGUAUAUGGAAAAAGCAGCAAGCCAUUCGAGCAAGUGGCUCUAACAUUUGUUGAUAACGAUCAACAGGAUGCUUUGAGAAAGUAUCUUUUGACGAAAAUUACCACGUAUAAAAAGUCAUCGAUCAUGCAGCGUAUCAUGAUUGCAAGCUGGCUUGUGGAAACUUUCAUGUCAAAACUGAAUUCUCUGGAUGACACUAUUAUUACCAAGGCGGAACUAUCAGAGACGCUCAAUACAUCUCAGACCCAAGAUCAGCUAGAGACUAUCCGUACGGAAUUCCAGGACUUUGUAAAGAAGCACAAAUCAGAUCUGGAUCAGAAAACAACUUAUGAUAUUAUCAGCAGUCAUGGACGAGAAGAGGAGCUGCUAUACUUUGCCAGUGCUGUAAAUGACUACAAUUAUGUUUUAGCGUACUGGAUGCAACGAGAGCGAUGGAAGGAGGUUCUCGGUGUUUUGAAGAAGCAAACAGAUCCUGAAAUAUUUUAUCGAUACAGUAGUGGUCUCAUUACACAUGUCGCCACAGAUCUUGUUGAUAUUCUCAUGAGGCAUUCUGAUCUCAAAGCCCGUAACCUCAUUCCAGCAUUACUUACCUACGACCGAAAUUUCCGAGGACCACUUUCCAAGAAUCAAGCCAUUAGAUACCUUCUUCAUGUCAUCAACAACCUCAAUUCAACCGACGCCGCCGUACAUAAUACCCUGAUAUCUAUUUACGCAUCACAUUCCUCCAAAGAUGAAUCCGGACUUCUCGCCUAUCUCGAAUCCCAAGGCGACGAGCCCAGUUUCGACGCAGACUUCGCCCUCCGUCUCUGCAUCCAGCACUCCCGUGUCCAAUCCUGUGUCUUCAUCUACAGUACCAUGGGUCAGUAUCUCCAAGCCGUGGAACUCGCUCUCGCACACUCCCAAAUCGACCUCGCAUCCAUCAUUGCGGACCGCCCAGUCUCCGACCCUCCUCUACGAAAGAAACUCUGGCUCGCUGUCGCCAAGAAAGUCAUCUCACAAUCCAACGGCAUCAAAACAGCCAUUGAAUUCCUCAAACGUUGCGACCUCCUCAAAAUUGAGGAUCUCAUCCCUUUUUUCCCCGACUUCGUAGUCAUCGACGAUUUCAAAGAGGAAAUCUGUACGGCUCUCGAAGAUUACUCGAGAAACAUUGAUGCCCUAAGAAAAGAAAUGGAUGAGUCCUCGCAGACGGCGGGGAAUAUCAAGAAUGAUAUUAAAGCCUUGGAUCAACGUUAUGCGAUUGUGGAACCGGGGGAGAAAUGCUAUGUUUGCUCCCUGCCGUUGUUGAGUCGACAAUUUUUCGUUUUUCCUUGCCAGCAUGCAUUUCAUAGUGAUUGUCUGGCGGGAAGAGUCCUGGAGCAGGUGGGUGUUGGGAAGGGGAAGAGAAUUAGGGAGUGUCAGAUGCUGGUUAGUCGGGGGAUGGUGGGAGGGAAGAAGAGGGAGGCGUUGGUGGCGGAGUUGGAUUGGUUGGUUGCUGGGAGUUGGUAUGUUUUUUUUUUCUUCUUCUUUCUUCCACUUCUCCCUUUCCUGGUUCUCUCUUCCUAUCGUUCCGCUUUCUUACUCACCCUCAUCUUUUUCUGGGUAUGUGACUAGUCUGACUAACUCGUUUUCUUUUUGUAGUAUCCUGUGUAGUGACUUUGCUAUCAAACGAAUCGAUGAGCCUUUCGUCACGGCCUCGGAUGAUGCGAGUGAAUGGGUCCUUUAGCUGCUCGAGGGAGGAGGAUGCAAAUACUUUCCUGGCUGUCUGCUAUCCGGGGUUACAAUAUACUACACUAGCAUAGCAUCGAAUCAUGAGGCAAGGUGGGGUUCGCGUUCAUGCAUAGCGGUUGAGUACUUGCCUAGGAAGAGUAGCCUGGUGCUUUUGGGGUGAAUUGGGUGAUUGGGUGAGGUGGAUAGGAAUUGAUAAUGAAUAUGAGAGUUAUGAUUGAGUUUUUCUUGAUUUGCCUUGGAGUUGUUGUGUGGAUUGUGGAAUGGAUGUGUUGAAGUUUUUUUCGCAUGAUGUUUUGCGGUAUGGAUAUCUUAAGAGACUUUGGUAUCCUUGGACGUAGGGAUUUUAUUGUGAUAUUAGUAUUACAACGUACUUGACGGGUGCUCUUGCUUAUAAGUUAUAUCUAAC